AUGUGGAAUAUUGUGGGGAUUGAAGCGUUUCUUAUGACUACUUUUAUCUAUCUCACAGGUCAAUUUGAACUGCUGUGUGACUCAAUUAGGAACGCCUCACAAAGAGUGACAUACAGACUAAAUCAAAGACAACUUGCUUCAGCUGGCGGUGAUGAUAUCAAUGAACUACACGAUUUUAUGUCGGAUAAGGAGAAAAAAAAUCGGUAUUCGAAUGGAAAUACCGAGUCAAGCAUCAUUCCUGCAAUGGGCGAAAACGCGCAUCCUUUCAAGUCGGAUUCUGCAACGUCCGCAGAAGACGGAAACCUGGCCAACUUAUCUCGACGUCCGUCAAGGCAACAGGAGAGCAUGAUGGUCGAAUUUCGAAUUAAGUACGGAUCUUCUGCUGAUGAAACUCGCAGCCUCAGCAAUCCUUGUACGACUUCGGAUCAUCAGCUGGAGAUGGAGCAGUAUCUUAUGGAAUGCAUCAAGUAUCACCAGAGACUCAUAGAGUUUUCCGAGAACUUAAAUCUACUAUGGCAAACAGUUUUAUUUGUGCAAUUUGUAACAGGGUCCCUGUUGAUUUGCCUCAUUGGACUUCAAGCAAUAUCCAUGCCCCUCGACGGGGACUUUGCGAAGAUGAUGGGAUACUUAACAUCUGUGGUUUUUCUGUUGGGUCUGUACUGCACAUUGGGGUCGAAUUUAAUGACUCAGGUAAGUAUGAUGUGGCAUAAAGGUUUAGGGACUUCUGCGAUCUGGCGGCGUGUGGUGUGCUACCUGUCUCCCAAGUGGCACGCUGUUCCGUUCCAGAAGAAUAUAGUUUUAAUAUUUACCGCCGUGAGCUCCUUAAAUCCCAGGAAACGGCAGUAUAAAUGUUCCAGCUUCGUUGACUAUAUAUACUACAUAUAUUUAUUCCCUAAUAACAUAAAUGUUUACGCCUGUAUUCAUGUAUCUGAGGACGUGAAGGUGGCACAUGAGUGGCGAAACACGCCGCGCAACUCACAGAAACUGUUGAGAGAAUGCAUGUUGUGUGAUGCAAUUCUUUAA